GUGGUGUCAGUAUAUAAGGGGGUGUUUAUGAGAGAGUGAGCUAGAGGGAGGGAGGAGCGAGAGAGAGAGACCGAGAGCAGGAGAUCUAGAAAGUGUGAAGGUCUACAUAGAUUCAUUAGCAAAAAGGGGAAAUCUAAUUUUGUCCAGACUGAGUCAACAACCGACACACUUGUAGGAGGCUAUCAUAUCUGCCUGCAGACAACUAGUGGAUAUCAGUUCUCCUGUCCAUCGUGUGUGUGUGUACCACCAUGCCAUCCUACACAGUGACGGUGGCUACAGGAAGCCAGUGGUUUGCAGGGACUGAUGACUACAUCUAUAUCACCCUGGUGGGAACAGAGGGAUGCAGUGAGAGGACUUUACUGGACAAGCCACUCUACAACGACUUCGAGAGAGGGGCGGUGGACUCGUAUGAUGUGACGGUGGGGGAGAACCUGGGAGAGUUGGAGCUGGUGAAGAUAGAGAAGAAGAAGUACUGGGUUCAUGAUGACUGGUACUGUAAGUACAUCACAGUGAAGACUCCCUCUGGAGACUACGUAGAGUUCCCCUGCUUCCACUGGCUGGUGGACGACAAGGAGGUGGUCCUCAGGGACGGCAAAGCACUGCUGCCAAAGGAUGACAAGACCAGACUGGUGAAGCAACACCGACACAAAGAGCUGGAGAGCAGACGGAAAACCUACAGAUGGAGGGAGUGGCAGCCUGGAAUUCCUAUGAGUAUAGAUGCCAACACUCACAAGGAGCUUCCCAGAGACAUCCAGUUUGACAGCGAGAAAGGAGUGGACUUCAUUCUCAACUACAGUAAGGCGAUAGAGAACCUCUGUGUGAACCAGUUCAUGCACAUGUUCCAGUCCUCCUGGAAUGACUUUGCUGACUUUGAGCGGAUCUUCGUCAGGAUCAAAAACACCAUCUCAGAGUAUGUGAUGCAGCACUGGAAAGAGGACUUUAUGUUUGGCUACCAGUACCUGAACGGCUGUAACCCAGUGAUGAUUCAGAAGUGCACCAAGCUGCCAGAGAAGUUCCCCGUUACACACGACAUGGUGGCAGACUGUCUGGAGAGAGAGAUGACUCUGGAGGAGGAGAUUGAGGCUGGUAACAUCUACAUAGCAGACUACGAGUUGAUGGAAGACAUCAGUCCCAACAGUACAGACCCCUGUACUCUACAGUACCUGGCUGCUCCUAUCUGUCUGCUGUACAACAACAGCCAGAGCAAGAUCCUGCCUCUGGCCAUACAGCUGGGUCAGACUCCAGGGAAGGACAACCCUAUCUUCCUGCCCAGUGAUGGUCAGUAUGACUGGAUGCUAGCUAAGAUCUGGGUCCGCUCCUCUGACUUCCACAUCCACCAGACAGUCACACACCUGCUGAGGACUCACCUGGUCUCUGAGGUGUUUGGAGUGGCCAUGUUCAGACAGCUGCCUGCUGUACACCCUGCUUAUAAGUUGCUCCUUCCUCACAUUCGUUUCACCAUCGCCAUCAACACCAAGGCCAGAGAGCAGCUCAUCUGUGAGUUUGGCAUCUUCGAUAAGGCCAAUGGUACAGGAGGUGGAGGUCAUGUGGAGAUGAUCCAGAAGGCUAUGAGGUCACUGACCUUCAGGUCUCUGUGUUUCCCUGACGCCAUUAAGGCGCGCGGGGUGGACAGCCCUGAGGACCUACCCUACUACUACUACAGAGACGACGGGAACAGGGUCUGGGAUGUCACCAAGAGUUUUGUGUGGGACGUGGUGUGUAUCUACUACGACAGUGAUGACACAGUACAGAAGGAUGAGGAGAUCCAGGCGUUUGUUAAAGAUGUCAGCAGCUUUGGGAUGCAGGACCUUGACUGCUGUGGGUUUCCCAAGGCCCUGAAGACACGCGAGGAGCUCACAGAGUAUCUGACUGUCAUCAUCUUCACUGCCUCCGCACACCACGCUGCUGUCAACUUCGGACAGUAUGACUGGUGCUCGUGGAUCCCCAACUCACCCCCCACCAUGCGGAAGCCCCCUCCCAGGCAGAAGGGGGUGGUAGAUGUGAAGUUCAUCAUCCAGAGUCUCCCUGACCGCGGCCGGUCCUGCUGGCACUUAGGGGCCGUCUGGGCCCUCAGUCAGUUCCAGGAGAAUGAGCUCUUCCUGGGGAUGUACCCAGAUGAGCACUUCAUAGAGAAGCCAGUGAAGGAGGCCAUGGAGUUGUUCAGGAAGAGACUGGCAGAGGUCAGCAGUGUCAUCAAAAUCCGCAACGAAGGCAAGAAACUACCCUACUACUACUUCUCUCCCGACCGCAUCCCUAACAGUGUUGCUGUCUGAGAAAGGAAUGAAGGGGAGAGAGCAAGGAAGGGAACAAGGAGGGAUAGCUAUAUAAUCUGAUAUACACGGAGUGUACAAAACAUUAGGAACCCCUGCACCUACUUUCCAUGACAAGACAGGUGAAUGCUACGAUCCCUUAUUGAUGUCACUUGUUAAAUCCACUUCAGUCAGUGCAGAUGAAGGGGAAGAGAUGGUUUAAAGAAUGAUUUGUAUUCCUUGAGACAAUUGAGCCAUUCAGAGGGUAAAUGGGCAAGACAAAAUAUUUAAGUGCCUUUGAACAGUAUGUGGUAGUAGGUGCCAGGCACACCGGUUUGCGUCAAGAACUGCAAUGCUGCUGAGGU